AAUCUCAUAAACAAAAAAAAUCUAUUAAAUGUCAGGAGAGCAAACCAAUAUAAAAGUGGUUGUGCGCGUGCGACCGUACAAUCGAAGGGAGUUGGAACAGAAUCAGCGUCAAAUUGUCAAAGUGUUGGACAAUAGCACGCUCCUUUUUGAUCCAGAUGAAGAAGAUGAUGAGUUCUUUUUCCAAGGAAUGAAGCAAAACUACCGCGACAUUACAAAACGAGUGAACAAAAAAAUUAGUAUGGACUUUGAUAGUGUAUUUGACCCAGGAACAACUAAUCAACAAAUUUUUGAGCAAUGCACUUCUCCUUUAGUUGCUUCUGUUCUCAACGGGUAUAACUGUUCGGUAUUUGUAUAUGGUGCCACUGGAGCAGGGAAAACUUUUACAAUGUUAGGCAAUGACUCUUGCCCAGGCCUAACAUACCUAACUAUGCGCGAAUUAUUUGAAAAAAUCCAAGCUCAAAGUGCGACUCAUAAGUUUGAUGUAGGUGUAAGUUAUUUGGAGGUAUACAACGAAUUAGUAAUGAACCUUUUGACCAAAACUGGGCCAUUAAAACUACGAGAGGAUUCGAAUGGAGUUGUUGUUAGUGGACUUGUCUUAAAGCCAAUUUAUAGCGCCGAUGAGCUUCUACAACUUCUGACGCAAGGUAACUCAAAUCGCACCCAACAUCCGACAGAUGCCAAUGCAGAAAGUUCACGUUCGCAUGCUAUAUUCCAAGUGCAUAUUCGAAUGACGGACCGAAAAGCCGGAACUAAGCGAACACGAACAGUUAAAUUAUCAAUGAUCGAUUUAGCGGGAAGCGAACGAGCUGCCAGUACAAAAGGUAUUGGUGUUCGUUUCAAGGAAGGUGCAAGUAUUAAUAAAAGUUUAUUGGCGCUGGGAAACUGUAUAAACAAGUUGGCAGAUGGAAUGAAACAUAUUCCCUACCGCGAUUCAAAUUUGACUCGUAUUCUUAAGGAUUCCCUCGGAGGAAAUUGUCAAACUUUAAUGGUCGCUAACGUUUCGAUGAGUUCGUUGACUUAUGAAGACACCUACAAUACGUUAAAAUAUGCCAGUCGGGCGAAGAAGAUUCGUACAACAUUGAAGCAGAAUGUUCUUAAGUCAAAUAUGCCAAAAGAUUUCUAUAUAAAAAAGGUGACAGAACUUAUGGGUGAAAAUGAACGGCUCAAAACUAAAGUUUCCCAACUUGAAAAGGCUUCAGAAGCUACUCGAUCCUACAACGAAAGUGAAUUGAAGACCUGGUACAGCAAGAUUGAUGCGGUGUAUGCGUCCGUCAUUAAGACACAAGAAUACGUUAUUGGAAAUCAGAGCAAAAUAAAAACUCUAAAUUUCCGUGAAAAAUUAAAGAAAGAAAAUAUAGCUUUCAAUAAGCUACUUGAAAGGAAUUCAGAUAAUAUAGAACAGGUGAGUUCGUUCAAAUUCCAUCACAAAAAUUAUAACGACAUUUUAACAUUGUUGAGUUAUACGAAAGAAUUUCAUGAUUAGGUAUUUUUACUUUUUGAUUAAAUGCUGUAGCGGAGUUCUCAAGUUCUAAUAAUAUCCUAGUUAUAGAACCAAAUUCUAUUUCCGACAAAAAAUAAUAAUAAUAAAUUGCUCUAAGCCAUCUGCGGAGUCGGCAUAAGCACUUGAUGCCUACAUUUGUGCCAUAAAAACCAAAACGCACAUAAAUUAGAGAGCAAUAGGGAAUUAACAGGAUUACUCUUUCACAGGCGAUAACUUGAAUCAAAAGUUGAACGAAAUCUGCUGACCA